AUGUACCCGACACCAGCAGCACUUGUGCCCCCAGUACCUACAAUGUACUCAGCACCCGCACCAGCGGUACCGAUUGCUCCAUUUCCGGUACCAUCACCUCCCGUACCUCCAGCCACGACCACUCAUAUCGACCCUGCAGUACCUCUAGCGGUAUAUCCUCCAGCUUAUGCAGCAACACCGGGAGUACCUUCCCCGGUCUAUCCAGCAGUACUACCUGUAGCACCAGCUCCAGUGGUUCUGCCAGUUCUUGUAGUCGUCCCUUCACACCUCACUGAUAUUGUCGCGGCACGAGCCCGGAUCCCAGCAUUGAGCGUGAAUGGCCUCGCCGGCGACAAACAGGUUGUCGUGGUCGUGGAUGAUGAAGCGAAGGAAGAUGAGAGCGCCGUGCCCGCCACUACAGAGAGGAACACCUUCACCUUCGGCGACUGCCACUUCAUCCAUGUUACCACCACAUGGAUCGGCCACCUCACCCCUCUGUGUACACCUCCACAGUGGUGUUCGGGCAAGGGGAAGCCAACUUUGGCGGAGGCUCCGGCUAGAGGAGAGGCAGCGCCUCUGUUCCGGCGGGCGGCGACUGGUGAAGGAGGAGAGGAGUGGCCGGUCUAUCCGUCGGCGUCAUCGCGAGGAGGAGAAGUCCCACAGCAGAGUCGCAAGGAGGAGAAGGGAAAUGGCGGCCGGCGGCGGCCGGUGUCGGCGCUGGUGAGGGGGGGGAAGAAGAAGUGCGGUGGCGGCGGGCUCAAAAACACGAACCCCCUCCCUCUCUUCUGUGGUGAACCGUGCCCAGCUUUAAAACACAACCCUAUUCUUGUUAAGUGA